AACUAGAAUCUGGGUAAUUUGAAGGAAAACGAUUCACGAACGCUGAAUAUACUUUAAAUACGCUUUGUACAAUGAAAAACCUUCGUGUUUAAGACAGAAGCCCAUCAUCCAGUUGCCAUGAAGACUGUUUUGACUCUGCUCUGCCUUUUUUCUCUGGCCUGCCACAGCCAAGCUCUGAAAUGUUACUCCUGCUCGUCAACCAGCGAGGAAGAGUGCAACAAGGAGGGCUCCAUCUCUUGUCCAGCUUAUUCUGAGGUCUGCGCCACCAUCACAAGCCCGAACGUCGUGAUAAAGUCAUGCUCGUACAAGGACUUCUGUAAAAAAGCUCACAGCAACAACUCAGGAGCCAAAAUUGAGUGCUGCUUUACUGAUGACUGCAACGGGCCCCGUCACAGCCAACAAGUCAACACCGCAGGAGCUCUGUCUACCAGCCCACUCGUGUUGAUCACACCGCUGCUCCUGCUGCUGCACAAAGCCUUCUGUCAGUUUUAAACUCCUCCACCGAGUUUGUUCCUGCCUCCAUCCAAGUUCAAAGAGGAUCCGAGGCACAGAGUGUUUCUGGUGGUAUGAAAUUGGUGUAAAAACAAGAAGAAUAUCAUUUUAUGAUCGCAGUGGUGCAGGGAUGUUUUGGGACUACAUAUGUAUGCUGCAGUUCAGCAAUUUUCACUGCCACUGAAAACAAAACAUUUUCUAAUAGUUGCACAAUGAGAUGAGGUAAUGCUAUAAAGUAACAUGUGAACCUGGGAGUGUUUAUGAUGCACAAAUAUGUGAAAAGUCAAUAACUCCUACUCAGCUCUGGUGCAGACAGGGGGUGGCAGGUGUGGUUUUGGAACAUGUGACAGCUCGCUUCACCACGUAGAAUUAAAUUACUCUUCACUGUCGUUACCGUGGCACUUUGAUCAUUUAUUGUGCUUUCUAGUUUCUCUGAAUAAAGACACAAUCACACCUCA